ACAAAAACAAGUUGAUAUCGUUCGAGGCAGGACGCUUCAUAAUUCGUCUACAAACUCUAUACGAUUAUUUUAUCACGAAAUUAGCGUUUUGUUAGUUUCGUACAACAAUUAAAAUUUACAGAAGCUUUUAGGUGCAACAAUGAAGUGGCUUGUGGUAGGGCUCAGUCUGUUGGCGGCGGUUGGCGCAGUUUCCUUCUUCGACCUCGUCAAAGAAGAAUGGAACGCAUAUAAGUUGGAACACGAUAAAAAGUACGACAGCGACAUAGAGGACAGGUUCCGCAUGAAGAUCUACGCUGAGAAUAAGCACCGCAUAGCGAAGCACAACCAGCUCUACCAGAAGGGGCAGGUCACCUUCAAGCUGCAGCAAAACAAGUAUGGCGACAUGCUGCACCACGAGUUCGUGCACAUCAUGAAUGGAUUCAAUAGGACUUCCAAACACAACAAGGGCCUGUACAAGGGCGCGGAGUCGCGCGGCGCCACGUUCAUCCCGCCGGCGCACGCGCAGCUGCCGGAGCAGGUGGACUGGCGCAAGUUGGGCGCCGUCACCGAGAUCAAGGACCAGGGCAAGUGCGGCUCCUGCUGGUCCUUCAGCACGACUGGCGCGCUGGAGGGGCAGCACUUCCGCAAGAGCGGGUACCUGGUGUCGCUGUCCGAGCAGAACCUGAUCGACUGCUCCUCCUCGUACGGCAACAACGGCUGCAACGGCGGGCUCAUGGACAACGCGUUCAAGUAUAUCCGCGACAACCACGGCAUCGACACUGAGAACACGUACCCGUACGAGGGCGUCGACGACAAGUGCCGGUACAACCCGGCCAACACCGGCGCCGAGGACGUCGGCUUCGUGGACAUCGAGGCCGGCGACGAGGAGCAGCUGCGCCAGGCCGUGGCCACCGUCGGGCCCGUGGCCGUGGCCAUCGACGCCUCGCAGGAGUCCUUCCAGUUCUACUCCACCGGCGUCUACUACGACGUGAACUGCUCCUCCGAGAACCUCGACCACGGGGUGCUGGUGGUCGGCUACGGCACGGACGAGACCGGCGGCGACUACUGGCUGGUGAAGAACUCGUGGGGCCGCUCGUGGGGGGACCUCGGCUACAUCAAGAUGGCGCGCAACCGCGGCAACCACUGCGGCAUCGCCUCCGCCGCCUCAUACCCGCUCGUGUAAUAUACCACCAUAAUAUACCGCCAUCAAACCUCGCCCGAACAAACAGCAAUCCGGUCAAUUUGCGACAGUUUAAAAUGGUCGAGGUGGCGUUUACAUUGGUACGUUUUGCCGCGGCCGCUUUAUAAUGAACUUCGUCGGGAUCGUUAAAUGAAACUAGAACUCGAACUCGAAUUUCGAGAUUGAUUCGUGACGUUGGCGAAUGUUUGUUUGCAAGAUUCGCGGCACUCGUUUAUGUUAUUAUCGUAAAGUAUUUCUCGCUCAUAAUGAACUUCAUGAUCUUUCGGUUAUAGUGAUAUUCUGCAUAUUAUCAUAUUCACGUUCAUAUUAUUCUUUGUAUUGACGUUUAUAUCGGCGAAAUGAUUUAUUUAAAUAAUAAGUAUAUAGAUAACGACGUUAACAUAAUUCGGUCAACAUUCCAUCUCUACAUCGAUCUGUGGAUUUUUUACUAUUAAUUUUAUAAGCAUAAAACUCGACACUGUUUGUUUAAACUCGUGUGAUAGUAGUUUAAUUCUAAGUAAGUGUAUUUUUAAGAUAAAACAAUAAAGAUAUUUGUUAUUUUA